GUAAGUUAAUACAGCAUGGACUCGAAGGAAAUAGAUAAAACGUCGGCAGAGUUUAUACCUGGCCACAGCGAUGUUUCAUUAUUCUCUCAACAAGCCCUGCAGUCGGUAAUGGGAGCAAUCAGGGCAUCCAACGAGCUGCCGGCCGCAGGCAAUGACUAUGACUUCUACUCCAGCUUUGGGGGAUUUAGGGAACUGAUGAAUGUAGAAGGAAGGAGGGUUUUGCAGUUAAUGCAAGAUUUACUAAAACACCAGAAUGUAAAAGGCAACCUGUCUGGUGGAAGUCAGUCUGUUGAAGUAGAGGAUAAAUUUGAUGUACUGGUUGACGCUAAUGAUCAGAUGUUAGAGAGAGUGAGUUCCUUUCUGGAUGAGGCAUCAGGUAUUAAGAAACAGGACAGCACUUUAGUUGUGGCCAGUGUAACACAGAAACAACACAUCAAUACCAGCUGGAAUAAAAAGUCGUCUGAAAGCCCAGCCCAGAAGGCCACCAGCUACAGGCUGUUAGCUGCGCGGUUUGUCCAGAGACCCCAGCUCAAGUUUCAGGACAAAGUGGACAACUCGCCCAACACAUCGUUUGUGCCCAAAAUUAAACACAAACCAAAUGCCCUGAGAUCUCUUGAGGAGAGUCUUGUGCCAAAAAUAAUUGACAAAACAGAUGAAUUUGGAGACCAGUUUGAAUGGCUGGAGUACCCUCAUCCAUAUCAGUAUGAACUGGACCAGUUCACCCCAAAGGAAGAACAACUCUUAGCCAAGGAACCAGUGCCUCCAAAGUCUCUGGAAGACACUCCCCUCACCUAUGUUGACACCACUCCGACCCUCGUAGAGAUGAUAAACAGACUGAAGGAGGAGAAAUUAAUUGCUGUAGAUUUGGAGCACCAUUCUUACAGAACUUACCAAGGCAUCACGUGUCUAAUGCAGAUAUCAACUGGAGACCAUGACUAUGUGAUAGACACCCUGACCUUGAGGGGGGAUCUGUACUUGCUGAAUGAGGUCUUCACUGACCCUGGGAUUGUCAAGGUUUUCCAUGGAGCUGAUAUGGACGUAGAGUGGCUGCAACGUGACCUGGGUGUUUACGUGGUGAACAUGUUUGAUACGGGGCAGGCCUCCAGAGUGCUGAACUUAGCUAGGUAUUCCCUGGCAUACCUACUACAGCAGUACUGCCAGGUGGAGGCAGAUAAACAGUAUCAGCUGGCAGACUGGAGAAUGAGACCUCUCCCAGAUGAGCUCAUAAAGUAUGCUCGUGAGGAUACCCACUACUUGUUAUACAUCUAUGAACGCAUGAAGAAGGAGCUGAUUGAGAGAGGGAACAACCUGAACAACCUGCUUCUGUCUGUGAUUGAGAGGAGUAAGCAUAUUUGUCAGAAGACCUACCAAAAGCCAGUGUUUACCCAGGAGAGCCAUUUAGAGUUAUACAGGAAGAGUAAAAAGGUCUUCAACUCUCAGCAGCUGUCAGCUCUCAGAGACCUGUUUGCUUGGAGAGAUGGGAUAGCCAGACUGGAAGACGAGAGCACAGGUUAUGUGUUACCCAACCACAUGUUGCUGCAGAUAGCUGAGGUGUUACCCAGGGAGAGCCAAGGUGUUAUAGCUUGCUGUAAUCCUGUCCCGCCUUUACUGAAGCAAUACGUGAAUGAAAUCCACCAGUUUAUACUGGCUGCCAGAGACAGGCCCAUGGCCAAGACUGAAAUUUCCAAGAAAGAAUUAAAACCAAAUGUGUCCCAGCAUCCCAAGUAUAGGGCGGAGCACAUUCUAAGGUGCUGCCAUGAUUGGUCAUGGCAGGAGAAGCGGCAGACAAAAGUUGGGGAGAGCAGAGUUCUUGAUCCUUCAUUGGUAUCUACCAAGCCUUCAAUGUUUGGGGAUGAUGCCAAAUCCGUUAUUGUAGUUAAAAAAGUUCCUUUAAUUUCUGCCCUAGCUUGGGACCCAAAGGAGGAGAUUUUUAAAGGUGCCACAAAAGCUUGCCAUACAGCAGCUAGCAUACAGAAAAGUUUUUCAAGUCCAUUUCAUAGAUAUCUGCCUGCUGAUUUGGUGAAAAUGGGAGACUCUUUUGCAGUGGAGGAAGAAAACCAAGCAAGAAGUACUGAGUGUCUCCUCUCUAGUCCAAGAUGGCGACUGAUGAAAAAUACUCCAAAAAGAACAGCUGUUCAGGAGAAUACAGCAGUGGACACACAGGUCAUCCAGGUUGAAGAACAGGACAUUACAGCCCCUAUUAUAUUCCAGAUGCCUAGUAAAAAGAGGAAACACUCGGACGUAGACACCAGCUUGGACAGUAGUCAACUGGAAGGAAGGAAAGAGAAAGGAAAACAAAAGCACAAGAAAGAUCCAAAGACGCCAACAACGUCAGAACCUAUACAGCCUUUUGACUAUAGUAAAACGGAUUAUAAAAUAUUUGAAGAGAAAGGAGGAAAGAGUCAUAAAAAACAUUACGACCCAAAUAAGCACCAUUCUGGGAAGUUUAAGGGUGGCUCCAAGCCUAGUCUGAAUCCUAGAUCUGGGAAGAAGAGUAUGACAUACACACAUAGUAACAAGGGACACAAACAAGGAGGAUCAAAACUUAGCUGGCCAAAGAGGUAGCCAGAAACUGGAGAGAAAACUUAUUUAACACACUGCUGCUUUAGUUGACCUUGUUUUGAAAAACAGGGGAAGAAUGUUGCAGCAGUCUAAUUAUUUCAUGAAAAGGGCAGCCUGUGCAGUGAUCUGGUAAUCUGAUGACAGACUGCCUGGCUGCAAAUCACGACUGCAUCUGCAGAGAUCUCGUGGCUCAGGAGGACAGUGUGUCUGACACAGAGUUAUCACACAGUGGCUCAUACGUCACUUACCGUGCGUGUAAAUGCAGCAGCCUAACAUAAUACAAGGGACCAGCCUGCUAUUAAGAUAUGAUAGUUGAUACAUACACCGUGCCUAGCAAUAAAAUAAGUGAUGUGACUUUUAAACCAGAAACCUCUGCCAUUAUCAGAAUAAAGGUCACGUGGCAAACAGAGUUCCUAUCGUGCUUUGGAAUGUUAGAUCACAUAGGAAGCAGUUUGGGUGUCCAGUGACGUCACUGAGGCAAUUUAUGUUUGAUCUGAACAGAAAUCCCUUUGCUUUUCAAAAGUGGCAUGACAACAGA